AUGGGCUUCUUCUCCUGUAUAAAGCUGUUUGCCACAUUGUUGAUUGGGUUGUUAAUAGCCAAUUGGAUUCUAACAUCAUACUUGCUCGAUUUUAAAAGAGAUAUAAGUAAAUUGGCAUUGAAUCAGCAAUCAAACACAUCAUCUGUUAGAAAUGAAAACGAAACAGCAAUAUAUAGAAACUUCUUAGCACCACAAGGUUUCCCCUUAACUACAGGAUUGGGAUUAUCACAAGGUUACAAAAUAAGAAAUGGGAAUUUUGGUGACUUGUGGAACGCAAUAAUGGAAGUUUCUUCAAAUAAUAACAAUACUUUACAAUUCACUAAUUCUAAUGAGACAUUUUCUUUGCCUCAGAUUAAUGGAUUAGUAUCAAAUAUAUUAAAUUAUCAAAAUGGGAUUUUUAAAUCUUUGGGAAAUGUUGGGAUUGUCACAUCAAUUUCCUCAUUACAAGGAUUUACUAUAAUGUUGGCAUCAAUGGUGAAAACAAUUACAUCAAUUAAUAGCGGAAUCCCAUCUUUAUUACCUUCAGUUCCUAGAAAGAAAAUUGAAAAUCUUGAUGUAUUGGUAAUAGACUCCUCGGAAAGUUUAAAAUUAUUAAAUGGAAGUGAACAUUGGUAUAAAUUGGUCAUCGUAUGCGAAGAUAAAGAUAAUGAAAAUAUUACACCAUUCGAAAAUGUCGUCUUUUGGAAACAAUUAUCCCACAAUUAUUCAAAUAUCUGUAAUUUUGAAUAUAUAGUACCGGAAGACAAUUCUGAUGAUAAAAAGGAAUUUUUAAACGUCACAUCCCAAUCUGACAAAACUACUAAUUUCUCUCAAAUGAAUCUCAUAAGUAGCGUAGCAGCAUUUAUUAAAAAUUUCCCAAUGAAUCACGAAUUAUCUAAAGAUGAUUUCCUUACUAUAUUACUUCCCAACGAAAAAUUACAAAAUGAUUCAAACCUAUUAAUUCAAAUGUGGCCAAAAUUAUUAGCAAUCUUACUUCAUGGUGGUUCAAUAGCAUUAAUCAAAUCAAAAGGUGGGUUUGAAAAAAAUAUGGGAAUUCCACUUAAGACGACUUUACUUCUAACUGAUAAGGAUAUAAUAAAUCAACAAUUAUCCUACCUAUCACAAACUGAAAAACAAUCAACAAGACUAUGUUCAUUAUUCCACAAAAUAAAAUCAUCUUGGGCUAAAACUUUAAUAAGUGAAGGAAUAUUCACCAAAUGCGGAACUUCUCCUAACCAACAAAUACCUAGAUUAAGAUGUAUUUUCCUCUCUGACUCAUUACAUAGUAUUGAAAACAUUUCAUCAUUCAAAAUGUAUUCAUUACCAAAAUUAACAUAUGGUUCAUAUAUGGAUUCAUUCACUACAAAACAAUUAAACUAUAUGAAAUCUAUAUUUGGUGCAAGAAUUGUAAUUGAAUUAUAUUGUCCUAAUCUCGUAUUGGGACCAAUCAUGCAGACUAACUUUUAUGAAUAUCGUGUAUUACCAGAAUCAGUAGAUAAUAAACUUGUAUGUUUUGGAACUUUAUCAACUACAUUGGAAGGGAAACUAGUAGAAACGGAAUUAUCAACUUUAAAUAUUAAUAAAAAACAAGGAAUGUUAUGUAUAAGAGGAUUUACCAUCGGUAAACCGGUAGAAGAAGAACGUAAGGAAAUUGCUAGAAAUCUAAGUAAAGAUUUUGGAGGAAAUGAAGGAUGGAUGCCACUAGUAGGUGUCUUUGGUUUAUGGGGUCAAGAUGGUUGUUUUUACAUUUUUAAAUGA